UCCCCGGCAGGGUUUUUGGAGCUCGCGGUACCCGACGCAGAAAAAUUGGAACCAGAUUCCGGCAGAAAAGUAAAGACUCAUUUUCGAUGUGGCGGUGCUCAGGAGGAGCGCCGAGGGCAGGUGACCCUGGCUGCCAAGCACAUUGCCUGUGCACACACGUUUGUGCGGAUGGCAGCCGGCAGAGCCAGCAUCGCCUUCCGGAUUGUGAUGUGCAGUUGGUAUAACAGACAUCGAGUGCCAAAAAUCCCAGAUAGCUAUUGACACUGGGGGCUAGCAGCCUCGCUGAGGGAGAGGUUUCCUGCCUUGCCGCUGUUUUGAUCACCACCUAGAUUUACCCGAGGGCAGGUUUGAGAUGUCUUCCUGUGAACAACCAGUAUCUCCUUAUUUUUAAUAAAUUCUCAUUGUGAGGAAAUUACUUUGUCCUCGAGGCUGAUAAAGGUACUCUACAAACAGAUCUGUUGGCAUCUAUCUGAUGUGCUAUUUUGGAAACCAUUUGGCUGUUUUACCCACCACACUGUGAACACUUUGGCUACAGGAGUGAUUCUGAUGAGAUCCAAGGAGCCUAUUCAGCACUUGGGUACCAUUAAGCACUGAAAGAGGAGUAGCAGUUCUGAGGGUGGCUUUUGGGGUAUGUAUCUUCUUCUCAUGAUUCAGUCCCUAAGGAUCAGACCCUGUCCUUGCAGUGGGGAUAUUUCUGCUGAAUUCAGGAGUGGCAAUAGGAAUAAAACUAAACUUGGUUAUUGAGAAAAGGUGUUGCAUUAAGCCUUGGCCUCAGCACAGGCAGCAGUAGUGGUAGGAUCAGUACCAAAAGGAUUUUUUGCCAAAGUGAUUUCAUGUUGCAGCAGGGGUCUGGAAUCUGCUGCCAGUCCACAGCUUUGCAUUAUUGUAAACAUAUGCUGAGACUGUGAUUUAUUUUUUUUAGCUCGAGUGAGUUUAACUCAAGUGAAUUCUACAUAAAUAUAAACCCUUUGCUGACCCAUUGGGAACUUCUGGGAAGUGUGACAUCUGUGACUGUUAAUUGUUUUAAAUAUUUCAAUCUCAAUCCCCUGUGAUGCUAGGCAAAUACUCAGGUAACCUAGACAGUAUCUCUGUUGUCUCAUUUGUGCAAAGGUGCAGGUGUGCCCAUAAAACACAAAUGCCUUCCAUCAAGAGAUGGAAAGAAGGGGUUGUAACAAACACAAAGACCACACUUCAUAUGUGAAAUGUCGAGAAAUUACUUGAACUUCAGUAAAAAAAAUUAAACAAAAUUUUUCUUACCUCAACCAUUUUGUUCUGAGCUAUUUGUCUUCUAGACCAUGAUGAUUCCACCAUCUGCACCAAGCCCUGUGAGCGAUGCUGCACUCUUGUCAGGUGUGGCUUCUCAGGAGGUGUGGAGGUCACCAGUUCCAGGCUAUUCUGGGCUGCCCACACGGCACAUAAGUCACCGGGCCAACAACUUCAAGAGACACCCGAAAAGGAGAAAACACAUCCGGCCCUCGCCGCCACCACCACCAAAUACUCCGUGUCCUAUUGAUCUGGUUGACUUUGGGGAUCUCCAGCCUCAGAGGUCUUUUUUGGAACUCCUUUUCAAUGGGUGCAUUCUCUUUGGGCUUGAAUUCAGCUAUGCCAUGGAAACAGCCUAUGUCACGCCUGUGCUGCUCCAGAUGGGGCUUCCAGACCAACUGUAUGGAAUGGUGUGGUUCAUCAGCCCUAUAUUAGGGUUUUUGCUACAGCCUUUGCUGGGAGCCUGGAGUGACAGAUGCACAUCAAGAUUUGGGAGGAGAAGACCUUUCAUUCUGGUUUUAGCAGUAGGAGCACUCCUUGGGCUCUCACUUAUGCUGAAUGGCAAAGAUAUAGGGAGUGCCUUGUCUGACACAGAGAAUAACCACAAAUGGGGUAUCAUCCUUACAGUCUGUGGUGUUGUCCUCAUGGACUUCAGUGCAGAUUCAGCAGACAAUCCCAGUCAUGCCUAUAUGAUGGAUGUGUGCAGCCCAGUGGAUCAAGACAGGGGCCUCAACAUCCAUGCUUUGUUAGCAGGUCUUGGAGGUGGCUUUGGUUAUGUUGUUGGAGGAAUACACUGGGAUAAAACCAGUUUUGGAAAAGCUGUAGGAGGGCAACUUCGUGUCAUCUAUGUCUUCACCUCAGUUGUACUGACUAUUGCUACUGUGCUGACUCUAGUUAGCAUUCCAGAGAGACCAUUAAAGUCCUCUAACAGGAAGAAAAAGGUGAUGAAAAGUCCAAGUCUUCCUCUCCCUCCUUCUCCACCUUUCUUCUUUGAGGACAGUGUAAAUGAAAACUCUGCUUCUCAUAACUCAGCUCACUUACAUGAAAGUUUUACGAGUCCUGUUUCCCCCAUGAGCCCACUCACGCCAAAAUACGGGAGUUUUAUCAGCAGAGACAAUUCUUUGACGGGAAUUAAUGAGUUUGCAUCAUCCUUUGGGACUUCCAAUAUUGACAGUGUGCUUAUAGACUGUUUUACAGGCGGGCAUAAUAGUUACAUGACACUUCCAGCUAGUUUGUCCAGGCAGCCUGUCAGUGUCAGCUUUCCUCGGGUGCCUGAUGGCUGUUACCAUGGAUCAAAUGGAAUUCUGGAGCAAGGGGAGAGCAGCUUAACAUCAGGGCCUGAUAGUGAUGUGCUGAGAGUGGGAUCACUGGAUGCAAUAAAGCCACGGUCAUCAGGGAUCUUGAAAAGACCUCAGACCUUGGCCAUUCCAGAUGCUGUAACAGGACACUGCCCAGAGAAUAACAGAAGAAGAAAUGUAACCUUCAGCCAACAGGUUGCUAAUAUCCUGCUGAAUGGUGUGAAGUAUGAGAGCGAGCUGAAUGAAUCGAGUGAGACCUCGGAGCAGCCCCUGUCUGUGAAGCUGCUUUGCUCUACCAUCUGCCACAUGCCCAAGGCUCUCCGGAACCUCUGCAUCAACCACUUCCUAGGUUGGCUUUCAUUUGAGGGGAUGUUGCUCUUCUAUACUGACUUCAUGGGAGAAGUAGUGUUCCAAGGGAACCCAAAAGCACCUCACAACUCAGAUGAGUAUCAGAAGUACAACACUGGGGUCACCAUGGGCUGCUGGGGAAUGUGCAUCUAUGCAUUCAGUGCUGCUUUCUAUUCAGCCGUGCUGGAGAAGCUGGAGGAGCGCUUUAGCACACGGACACUGUACUUUGUGGCAUAUUUGGCCUUUGGGCUGGGCACGGGCCUGGCCACGCUCUCCAGGAAUGUCUACGUGCUGCUGUCCCUGUGCGCUACCUACGGCAUUCUGUUCGCCACGCUCUGCACGCUGCCCUACUCCCUGCUCUGCGACUACUACCAGAGCCGAGAGUUCGUGGGCUCGCAGGCGGAGGGCACGCGGCGUGGGAUGGGCGUUGACAUCUCCCUGCUGAGCUGCCAGUACUUCCUGGCGCAGAUCCUCGUGGCCCUGGCCAUGGGGCCGCUGACGGCGGCCGUGGGCAGCGCCAGCAGUGCCAUGUACUUCUCCAGCCUGAUGUCCUUCCUGGGCUGCCUCUUCUCCUCCCUCUGCGUCACCUACGAGCUGCUGCCCCCCGAGGAGCUGCCACCCUCCGAGGAGCAGCGUCCGCUCCUGCCCCGUGCGCGGAACGAAUAAACGGGAGAAGCUGCCACAGCCUCUGCUGCCUCAUUGUGUCACCCUUGGCCUCCCUGCCGCGACAGGACGGGCUGUGCACCCCUGGGACGGCAGCAGUGGGCUUGGCAAACAGAAAGAAAGGUCUGUACUGGCUUUGCUGAGCUUUCCCCUGCCUGUGGGAAGGAGAGGGGUGAGUCAGUGGCGCCUGGCACUGCUCGUCCUUCCCCUGAGGUGGCAGAGGCCUGGCUGUGUCCCUGGGGCCACAGCAGCAGGAAGUGGUGGGGCCGUUCCCUGCAGCUGCCUCGUGGUGCUGUCAUCCCGGGGCAUGACUGGCAUUGUCCAGCAUGAGGCAGGAGACCUCAAAGUCUGGUGCCUGGGCAGGACAACCUCACUCUCUCGAGUGGCAGUGAGCUGCUGGGCUGCACGCACUGCUGCAGAGACUGCCACCGUGGGAGUGGUGACGUGCCAGUUUGGGGGCAGAAGGUGCCACCUCCUGGCCAGGCAGAGCAGCCUUGGUUGCCAAGGGCAGUGGUGAUUCCUGUGAGGCCUUUGGGAGCGGUAGGUCCAUCCUACAGCCUCUGCCCACGGAAGGCCUGGCUCUGGAGGGUGCUUUUCAAAACUCUGGGUAGGCUGAGAGCAGCUGGUCUUGCUUGGGUGGUGUAAAUCCUCUGCUAAGUGCCAUGGGCUUCUGGGUGCACAGAGCUCCCACUAGCAGAGCUGCUACAAGACACCCCUGUGGGCUGAAAGCUCUGUGGCCUGGCUCCCACACCCCACUCUGGAGGUCCUGCCUGUGGUCCCUGGUGAUGUUUGCCAAUACUUGAGUAUUUCCUUCCUCAUUACAGUUUAAUUAAGACUACAGGCAUUUGUGAUGACUUAGCAGGAGGAUUUGUCCAUAAUCCAAUUUAGCAGUUGUCCACAACCCAGUUUUGGGGAGAAAGGUCUUUUCCCAUCAUUCUCCCUUGGGCAGAAGUUUAUUCUGAAGAACUUUACUCAUUAGAAAAAUGUAUGUAAGCCUGCAUCACAUCAUUCUUGUUUAUACAAUUUUACCAUAGGACAUUCUGAAGUCUGGGGAUCAGUGACUAAGUGCUUAUCAAUUAGAGCUGCAUCUUCCACAUCUCAGUGAAACCAGUAAAAGGGCAUUGGGUUUCAUUAUCUGAGAGAUUUCUUAAUUACUCUGAUUUUAGAAGGUGGUGUGUGAGAAUUUUUACAAGUUCUAGUUAAGGUCAGGAGUUAAUUUAAAAUCAUUAAUAAAACUCUUUCUAAAGCCCCUGUCAUCCUGCCUCUGUAUUUGGGUAGGCAGCCAAAUUUCACCAAGACUGGUGGGCAUUUUGGUGUUCACUUGUGCUGUGCAUGGCAUCCCUGUAGAGAUUAUAUUUGGUCCAGAUCCAGAAGAAUGGUUUUCUCUGGAGAGUCACUCCGUUUAAAUGGGUUGUACUUCACUGUUCACCUAAGUUUAUUCUGAUCUAUGAUGCCAAGGUGAAAUAAUAUGUAUAAUCUUUAGUUGUUGUGGCUUGCUGUAAUCCAGUGCUGAAAACAUAACUUGUAAGAACCCCUCAUUUUUAUCAUCUGCUCCCAAUUAUUAUAUUUUAGAAGCAAGUUUCAUACUACUCAGUACUGACUUAAACAAAGGAAUACUGCUGAAAUUAUGAAGUCAAGCACUGAGAGACAAAGGACUGUCAGCUGUCAGACUGAUGAGUACAUUCAUCUUUCAUUUCUUUCUUUGGGCUUACAUGGUGUCAUAUGUGCAGGAAUGUCUGUGCCAUUUCCUUGAUUAUGGGACAGCUGUCUCCAAGAAUGUUCAGGAUAAAGCUGGGACAAAAUACCAUGAGAAACAACAUUUGGCACUUCUAAUUUCUGACAAUCUAGACUUGACUUUGAAGAAUUAUUUUCUUGUUAGUCUGCUUUGUUAUCUUAAUUUCUCUUCUGUAUCUUCUCAAACUUUUAAACUCAAAACUUAUUUUUUGUUUGGUUCCACUAGCUAAUGUGGUAUUAGUUCUUAAUUGUUUUUUUCUCCUCUUUAAGUUUUGUAGCCAGCAUUAUUGCACUAAAUGGAUUGUGAGCACUUUACUUUUCCAGGUAGCUGGAGUUGCAGAUCAUUUUGUUCCAAGUGAAAAUCUUCAAAAAAAUCAUAAAAUCAAUGUAUUUGAUGAUAAUGUUUGUCUCCAUUUCCAUCUGUAAAUAAUAUCAACUACAUUUAUGUAGUUAUAAAAUUGUAUGCCUGUAUGCCUUGCCCAAUAGACUCUAUAUUACAUUUUUCUACUUUAUGGGAUAUGGACUUUAUUUUGCAUAUGUAUUUAUGUAGUGGUACAUACACAGUAUUUUUAAGUCAACAUCAGUGUGUGUUAAUUUGGGGCUUUGAGCAAUACUAAUGGUUUCUGGAAAAAACAACAACAGAGCCUGUCACCAUCAUGCACAGUUGGAAGCUGCACCAAAUCCUUAGAAAUAACUUUAAAAAGAGGCAUUGCUUACUUGCUUAUUCUCUUCCUUUGUCAGACUUUUUGUAUUUUACAGAAAUUACUGUAUAUGGUCACUGGUGGACUGUGAACUGCAACGUGAUGUUUCCCUUCUGGAAUCCAAAGGUGUCAAAUAUUCUGUCUAAAUUUGCAAGUUACUGAUUAAAAAAAAAGAUGCAUGAGUUUAGGCAGGAAAAUGAUUUUAUGCUGUGCUGUUUUUCAGUGAUGCCUAAAGGUUAAUUUUGAUUAAGUCCUUAUCAUUAAAGGUUACUUCAUGGCAAUUA